AUGAUCAUCCGGCAUUAUGAACGAUAGCAAACCGUCCAACACGUACAGACCAUUUGCCAAAUUAGCCCAGUUUAUGAAACAAGUACAUGCAGUCGACGACGAAGAUCUGCAAGACUCAUCUAGCCUCCACAAAGCAGCUCAAGCUGGAAAUGAGGCCCAAGUGCGAAAAAUACUUGCAGACGGAUGUGACGUCAAUUUAGAAAAUGACGAUGGUCAAACGGCCUUGUACGUUGCUUCAAUGAAAAGUCGUGAAGGAAUUGUAAGAAUUCUUUUACAACAUAAAGCAAUCGUAAAUACAACAAAUAACCCACUACUUGUUGUAAAGGACGUUGCGACGGCUAAGUUGUUAAUACAAGCCAAUGGCAAUCUACAUGCACGAGAUGAAUACGGGAAUACCCCCUUACAUAAGGCCAUUUUGAUUGGAAAUAAAGAGUUGAUAGAGUUAUAUUUGUCCUUCGGAGCUAAUAUUCAUGUCACAACUGCAACAGGACAUACAGCUUUACACACUCAAAGUUCUUCAUUUUUGGUUGAACCAUGGGGUUCAAAAUUGACACAGGAAUUGAUUCAAAGAGGUGCUUCCGUGAACUGUAAAGAUUACCAGGGUAGGUCACCUUUACAUUUAGCAGCUAUUAAUUAUUCCUUGGAGAAAGAAGAAACAAUUAGAAUUUUGAUCAAAGCGGGAUCUUCACUGACAGAUCUAGACAUACAGGGUUUCAACCCUUUACACCAUUUCAUUUCGCAGUCACGAGGAUGUUCAGAGAUGGACGAGACACUUGCUAUAAAAUUCAUCGACAUUCUAUUGGCUGACGAACAAUCAGUAAACUCCGUUACAGCAAUUGGACAAACUAUUUUGCAUCUUUCCAUCAGUGAUUUACCCUUCCAGAUUCUUCAGUAUCUUGUAAAGAAAGGAUGUCGACUUGAUAUUAAGGAUAGUCGAGGUCAGUGUCUUCUGCAUUACGUUGUGAACAGAGAGGAGGAAAUCACAGACGUGCUUAAAUAUUUGUUGAACAUGGGAUUAAAAGUUGACGAUUGUGAUGACUGGGGACAAACAGCCUUGCAUCUUGCUAUAGAGAAAAACAAGAAGAAACUUGCGGUAGCGCUGAUCGACUUUGGAGCAGACGUAAACGUUAAAGAUGCAAAUGGAAGACAGCCGAUACAUAUUGCUGCCGAACAUGGGUGGGAUUCUAUUCUUGAUUUUCUUAUUGAAAGGGGGGCAAAUAUCAACUCAGCAGACAAUUACAUGUCUAGUCCUUUUCAUUUUGCUGCCUGGAACAAUAAGUCUUCUAUUGCAUAUACUCUCAUCAAGACAGGCUGUGACGUAGAGACCCGGGAUUCCUGUGGAGAAACCGCUAAAGAAGUGGCAGAAUUCCGCUCAAGUUUGGAGUUUUUGCAAGUUUUUCAUGAACAAUAUAGGGAAACUGUACAAAAUCAGAAAAAGGUCGUGAAACACGCUAAUAGAUUAUUACAGCUAAGUGAGUUUGAAAAGCUCAUUGAUUCAAACGAGUCUUUGAGAGAAACCGGAAAUUUGAAUGAGUUUCUUUGCAGCCUUAUAUCUACUCCGCCUACAGGAAUUUUAUAUGAAGAACCAGAGGCUGUUGAAAUUCGAAGAGUUGUCAACAAUUUUGCAUUACACGCUGCAAAUGCCCUUUGUAAGAGUGAUCCAAAAUUGAAGUGUACAGUAUUCUCUGCUGGAAGUUCUUUUGAAGGAACAAAAGCAUUAUAUCCGGAUGAAUUCGAUUACAUUGUUUGUUUUGAUGAACUAAGCGAGGAUAUAUAUCCACAGCAUCAGAAAGAAGACGUGAGAGAAAGUUUUUUUCUUAUCCCAGACAAAGAAGAUAAGAAGAAGAACCCGCCCGAAGUUUUAGAGGAAGGAAUAGACUUUGAAGAAACUAUUACGUCUGUGUCUGACUACACCUUGAUAUACUUAAAGGAGGAGACAAAAUACCCAUAUCCAGAGCUAACAAUAACGGAAUCUAAAAUGGUUCCCAAUCACACGAUGUUUCAAACGUUUACACAACGUGUUUCUAAUAUCGUUUACAACGAAAAUUUUCCCAAAGAUCACCGACUCCUUAUAAAAGACAUAAGUAACGAUCCAAAGAUAGUGCUGCUCUGGAAAGGUUCAAAGUACAAAAGCCUGGAAAUUAACGUCGAUCUUGUUCCAGCAGUUCGUUUGCCUUCGUGGCCGAACAAAUCUCGAAUCAGUUCGAUACUUCUCGGUCCGGAUCUACAGAAUUUACCAUGUCUAGCAGUACCAAAAAUGACUAGUCAUCACGACGAAAACCUUUGGCGGUGUUCGUUAUCACUCGUAGAGACAGCCAUUAUGAGGAGAUGUCGCCCCCAUAUUAGAAACAGUUACAUCGUCGCUAAAUCUUUGGUUGCCUCAUCAAUAUGUCCCCUGGUGAGUUUUGGCGAUUAUGAAGACUUUAAGAAUCACUACCGAAGCUGUCGCGACAGCAUGUCUUCUGAGGAAGAUUUCGAAAUGUACGAAGCAGUUGGAGAUCUGUUCCCAUCAUAUAUUAUCAAAAUGGCGUUUCUUCGUGUGAUAGAAGAGAAGGCUGCUCGAGACGGUGUCCAGUCUGUCUUUGAGGAAUGUCUUUAUGUGAGAGAUCCUCUCUCUCAAUUGACGCUCCAAACUGACACUGCUGCCAAGCAAACCUCCGAAAAGUGCAAAGAUUGUGACCCCGAAAUUGUAAAGAGUGUGUUCGAGAAUUGUAAGGAGUGGCUGUCUGGUCGAUUUGUACCGUCCUUUUUCAACCCUCGACAUAAUGUGUUGGGUUCUAGGCUUCUUGAGGAAGAUUGUGAUAAGUUGCAGUAUUUCAUCAAGUACUUAGUCAAACUUUUAAACGAGAAUUAGAUGCAUUAAUGGGAUAUUGAAGAAUAAUUAUGGUUCUUAAGUGGAAAAUGAUAUGAUCGUUUAUAACCAUACCAUAUCCCAUUUAGAGAGAUCUGUUUAUUUAUAAAUCAAAUAAAUUUAACACUUUGUUAAAGUUGUUAAAAUCAUGCAUUUUUAAGAAUUUGUUUUCAUAUACAUGUAGAUGUUUAUGACUUUAAAUCGAGUCAAUAUUUCAUUGCUGUAGUCAGUAUAUCUAUAGUUGUCGAUAUUUUAUCAUACUUUUGAAUGGUUGGAAUAAGUUGAUGUUCUGUGCGACUUUUCACAAUGAAUAUUUUACAUAGAAAUAAAUAUUCUUAC